AUGGAGGAGAACCUCGUGGCGCAAUCGCGCUCUGUGGUGGUCCACCUGAGCAGUCUGGAGGCAUUCAUACCACUCGGUGACACGUUGCAGUGCUGUGUGGAGGCGGUCGCGCAGGCUGUGCUGCCCCUUCUCUGCUUCCCACUUGCUGCAUACCGGCAUGACAAUAACGAUUAUAAUACUGCCGCAGUUGUGGCGGCGCCACCAACGCCGCUGUGUAGCGACAAGCUGGUCUUCAGUGUCCCGCUGGUGUCACUGAAUGUAUGUGCUUCCCAGUCGGAUGAUCUACUGGUAGAGAGGCCCUCCGUUCUUUUUGGGGUGAGCGUGCAUAAAGUGUUCUUUGAACGGAGUCGUAUGGGUGUGAAUGAAAAGACCCUCGCACAAGUGCUUUCCAUCACCAGUACAGUGGAUCCAGCCAUACAGAACGAGUUUGUCAGUGCGACCGCCCCACGUGGGGCGCUUGAUGCCCCAUCUCAAUGGGCGCUUUACUUCUGGUACGAAGUCUCCUCUGUUGAGGCGGAGACACGUUCGGAGUCCUCGGCCGAAGGCGUCGCAGUGUCGGAGCAGAUGCCGUCGCGCCUCGUGGAUGUCAUUGCACGUGCGCACGCUGUGAAGCUUACGGUAUCUCCACAGCUUUUGAGCACGCUGAACGAGCAUGUUCUUGUGCACGUCGCCUCGGGCAUGUGUCGCACGCGUAAUACGGCGGUCUCGUGGGUGCCCUCCCGCCACGUGAAAGAUGUGAGUUCCACACUCAGCAGCAGCUCUGGCGGCGACCACCACGAACGGCUCAUCAUCAUAACGCACGAUUUCUGUCUGAAGGCGGAUCUUACACUGGGCGGUAGACGUGGAUCAUGCCUUCGAUUCGCCAAGGAACCCAUUGAGAAAGGCCCACAAAAUCGGAUCACCGUAAAGUGUAUCAACCAUGCACGCGUUAUCGUUUCGUUUCUUGUUGCCGCAGAUGGUUCACAGAAGCUGCCUAUUGUUGUUGAUCCUGGUAUUACUGUUGUGUUUGAGGGUGUCCCAUUUGUUCUCGAGCACGGAAAAGUGAUGGAUUACGUGAAGUUGGGCGGACGCUCGGUUUUUGUGGCCCCAACGGAGUCAGUGGUUGUGGUUCCCGUAGGAGGUCCAUUGACCCCUUCUCCGGCGGCUGCUACUCCUUCAAUGACACUGGCAUUGAAUAAUGCGCGAUGGUACAACCUCAAGGUGAGUCUCGAUGUCUCUGCUGAUGUGGUGUUGCAGCUUUGGUCAAAACGCCAGACCAUCGCUGUUUCAUGCGAAGCGUACGCGCGGUACAAACUUGAGAAAAACUGCUUUGAAGCCAACCGAGGGGUAAGAGACUUUAUGGACGAGAGUGGCGAGGUUGGGCUGUCAAAUGUGUCGAUUCUGUGUGACAGCGGUCGUAUCACCAAAGAACCAACGGGCUUGGUGGUCCAUGUGAAGCAUCACAAGCUUAAAGAGGACCGCACCAACGCUGGCAUGACGGUGGUACGAGCAAGUGUGCCCCCGACAGGCUUCACGCUUUCGAUGGGGAACCUCCGGCUCCUAUUGGAUACUUACAACCAACUGCGGCAAGGCGUGGAGCACAUUGGCUCAACAAUGCGGGGGACCACAGCACUGGAAUCGGCUCAUACGAAGGAUGGACGGGACUUUAGCCACUCCAAGCCUACGCCAUCCUCCCUCUCAAGCAGCACUGUUCACCAAACUCCUGUUGAGAACUCGUUAGUGUGGUCACAUGAAGGAGAGGUAACUCCACUAAUUGAGUUUGGCGCCUCAGCUCCUCAAAUGGAGUUCAUAUUAACAAACGACUUUUACAAGACUGAGGCGACGAUUAUGUUGAACUCCUUUGCUCUCCUGGCAAAGGGAAACCGCAGUCUUAAUCGUAUGGCCUGUACGGCGUCCAUGGUGGUGCGUGUCAGUGACUACCCACAAUUACAACCGUCGCGCGAGGUCAUCGCGGUGUCGUCUGAAGUAGCAGUGGACUACGCGCGGUAUGCUGGUGGCGGUUUCUCCCUGCAGGGUGCACUGACGUGCCCCCAUGCAUCUGUGACAGUUCCUUUGGUAACAGCGUUGCGUCUCCUUCGUUGCCGCCUCGAUCUGCGGCGUACUGGCAUCUACUCUUUUUGUAAUAAGACUGGCAUACCACUUUUGAUAUCGGCUGUGGGUGGUGCGAAGCAGAGGAGUCAAGAGGAAAAAAACGAGUUAUACAGUCUGCCACUGGAGAAACUGGUCAAGGCGAAUCUAUUCCACUACAACCAGACUCGAUUCCGCGUCAUUCAUGGUGAAGAAGAAGAAAUUUCCAAGCAAUACAAGAACAUCGGCGCGUUGGGAACUGAGGUGGACUUAUCGGUUAUGCAGCGUGGAGAGACGUAUCGUUUCCCUCUCAUAGGAGGCUCUACUGGAGUCAUGGAUGUGGCGAUGCGCCUGGACGAGAUGAAGCGUGUGGUGGACAUUACUACUUCUGUGGAGGUGAAGAAUGAACUGGCCACGUAUACGGUAUGUUUCCCUGCAAGCCUUCUUGAACCAUUUGUGGUACGCCCCAAGGAGACACGCUAUGCUACUCUCCCGUGCCUGCGCCAGCCCCUCUCGCUGAUGAUAGGGGGAUGGCGGCUGAACGUGAAGAACUCACUUAUGACGUUGGAAGCUUUUAUAAGCGCAUUCACGCUAUUGCCGGAGGGACGCGGCGAUACCUGGUCAAACAGUGGCAGCGACGACAACGUUUUCCCACGCUGUGCGUACAUGGAUGAUGAUAACACGCUUGUUGUGCCACUUACACUCACUGAGGACCAUUACGGUGAGGGUGACACAAAGCAGACGAGGAAAGAAGCGAAUGGAUUCGGGAUCCUCCUGGUUUUAACGCGGAGAGUGGCAUUGGAGAGCCAACCACGUACCUCACGUUUGUUGCCCCGUUAUGAAGUCGAGCUCUCUGUGUGCCCACUGGCCACUGUACUUAAUCAAACAGGAGCACCACUCGCUGUCACUAUAACGCCAUUAUCGUCCUCAGCACAAGUGUCUGCUGCUGCUGCUUCUACUGCUACUGAUUUGUCGUUUGUGCAGGACCAAGAAGAGUUCAACUGCUUCUCCCAGUGCCGUGAUGAUGAGACGCCCAUGAUAAACUUAACGUGUGAGCUGGCAAACGGUGUACGCUUGUGCUCUUUGGAGCCAGUACCGCUCACCUUCAGAGGCACCACAACAGUUGGCAUGAAGGCUCCUGGUGAAGAAAAAAUAAUCGCCCUCGUUGUCGAACGCACAGCUUCUUGGAAAUUUGUUGUGCGCGUGGCGGUCAUCCUUGUGAAUGCGCUCUCUUUCCCCGUGUGGGUAUACGACGACUCCAAGGAACUGGUGAUUGGGCAGAAGAGCGGGGUGGGACUCGCGCCGGGAGACAAGUUGUCUGUGACGCACUCAAGUACCCGGCAGCGCCUUCCACAGCCUAAUGCUGCCGUCUCUGUCUGCAUUGUGGCUGGUAGCAACACAGCGAAGCAUUCUCAGAAGUUUGCAUGCAAUGCGCCAACUUUCUCGGGUAUGCUUCAGAGUGUAGAUGGAGACAUAGUCCGCAUCUUCAAAGCGCAUCGUACAGGCGGCAUGAAGAAGGUGUUCACUCCCACACCGGUGGUUCGUUUGGAGUCAAUGUGGGUGUUCCGCAACAAGAGUCACACGCUGCCGUUGACAGUUCGUUGUGUGGGGCUGGAGGAAACGGCCGUUAUCGCGCCACGGAUGACGAUGGAGUGGACGACGUUCGCGGCAUCCUCUGCAAUGGAUCCACUUGUGCAGGUGCGCUACGGCACUGACGAGAAGGAACUCUUUGCAUGGUCCGAGGUAGUAAAACUCGUUACACUGUCCAGCUCGAAUGUGCCCAUCGUCAUGAAACAUCUUAUUCGUGAAGAAAACAUGGGAGUUGACGUGCCACAGAUGCCGGCAGCGCACUUGAGCCUGGGUGUAAGGAUAUUCACGAGCUUGCGUGUCCCAAAGUUUGUGGGUGGAGAAGGUGAGCGUGAGCGUUUCACUUGCCUUUCUAUUGCGCCGUCACGCCAUAAAAAUGGCUACUUUGUUGUUGAUUUCACUCUUGAUGAGAAUAUUCCUGUGGUUGUUGAGAAUCGUACGGGGAGAUUGUUGCAAUACGAACAGAUUCAGAACUCUGCGUCACGAGAUGAACGAGCUGUAAAUGUGUACAUUCUUCAGCCAUUCGUUGACGGUGUGACGUGCUUCAAGGGUGAACACGUGACGCCAAUCAUGCGAUUGACGUUGUUUGGUGGGAGUGAACGUUCACAGAGCUGCACCAUUGACUUGGCCAAGGCCGCUACAACACGUGAGGCUGUGCAGACGUCAAAGCACAUGUUUGUUCUUUGUACAUACGACUACAGCCUUCAGAGAUACUACGUCUCUGUCACAGUAGACCGUUCACUUGAAAAUUCACUCCUGUUUCAGCCCCGUUACAUUAUCCACUUGGAAACAUUUAUUCAAUCGCUUUCGCUGCAUAUUGCCUCAAUAUGCGUCCCAAAGAGUGAGACGUCUCUUCAGAACACACCAUUCGCUACACUGAUCAAGAGGAACCAACUCCGUCUUGGUUGCAUGGCAACUACCGAGUCUACUAACGCCGAGCUUCUUGCUGCUCUCAAGCGAAGCGAACUUGAUGUCAUCCUCGUGCAGGCUGUUGGUAUUUACAGUGCUAUCUCUAUUAAUGAGCGUCACUAUUUCGGCCGACUUGAUGUUGGCCGCCUGGCACUCAUUGACUGCACUACUCCUCGUCCUCUUCAUCCCAUUAUCGUCUGCCUUGAUGGUGGGGAGGACACAAUCAAUAAAUGUCAAGAGGAGGGCGGUAAACCAUCAUUCUCUAUCAAUGUGCAUGCGCUCGUACCAGAAGAAGAGGCUACUACAGAGAGAAGCCAUGUUUCACCAAAGAUUGUGACUGUUCCCCUCCAACAUCUCUGUGUUAAUGUGGCCCCAAUGACGUUGAACCUUGCUGACUCCUUGUUGUUUGUGUUGCGCCAGGCGGGCAUAUGCGUCUUGGAGGCGGUGGAACAGAUGGAUAUCGCAAAGACCGUACAUGGUGGUUCGGAAGAUACCUCCGAAAACACUUCCCCCGAAUCAUCUGUUAUCUCUGAAGAUAUUUUGAUCUAUAACUGUCACAUUGGACACCUGAUGGUAUCACGGAUUGAUCUCGAACUCACCAUCACUCGCCGCAGUGAUGGUAAGUUUGACCCAUUCGCCGGUUUCACAAUGGGUGGCCGGCUGGUGCCCUCUGUGGAGCGGGCACCGCUGAUCAUUGGUGAGGUAGAGAGGACGGAUGUCAACCAAUGCAGCAACUCGCUGCAGGGGGCUCUUGUGUCAAUGCUGUGGCCAUCAUAUCGCAAUCAGUUUCUCCUACAGCUAUAUAAAAUAGUCGGUUCAUUGGAGGUGCUCGGCAACCCGUUGGCACUGAUGAGCGGCUGGGGGAAAGGUGUUCGGUCGUUUGUGGUGGAAACAGCCGAUAUGAAUCCACUAAAGGGCGCACGCGCUUUCCUCCUUGCCACAACAUCCUCUACACUACACUCUGUUGGUCUUCUUUCACGUGUGGGCAGCAGAACGGCGGCGAGCAUCUCAUGGGACAACGACUGGCUUGAGGCAAGAGAUGAAAAUGAACGUUUAAAUGAUUCUUCGCAGCCAAGUGGCGUUUUGUGGGGCGUUGCGCAAGGUCUGCGUGGCGGCAUUGAGGGUGUUGUUUCCCGCCCAUGGAACGGCGCACGUAAUGCUGGCAUUGCUGGGUUUUGCACUGGCAUUGCAGCAGGUGCCGUUGGACUUCUCACACGACCCGUCGCCAGUGUUCUUGACGGCUUUGGCAACACGGCUGAGUUUUACUCUAAACUGUUACAAGAACCGGACUGCAUACCCAAGGCGCACGGUGAAUACUUGGAGAGUGAACGCAACUUCUACGCCGCCGCAGUCGUGCCUCUCGCGGACCCCGUUUCUGCAACCGACAGCAAGAGGAACUCCACCUUGACGACGCCCUUGGGUGGCGCUGCGGGAUGCUCUGGUGGACCGGAGCUGCUUCUGAAAGGUUUGGGGCCAAGCAAGACGUGGAAUGCCACCAAUUGUGAGUUUGUGUCAGUUGCGAUGUACCAGGCGUUGGAUCGAGGCGCAAGGCGAGAUGGCCUACAGGGCGAGGAGGCGGCACGCUUUCUCAUGAAUACAGUCGGUGUUCACAAUUACGCUCUCCACGCCGAUUGGGAAUCCUUCGUCGCGUAUACGACGCCCGAGGAGUACUAUACAUGGGUCCAUGUUGCAUUUGCUUCUGCUUUAAAAGGGGAACUAGAGAAGUUUGCGUUCAAUAGCCCUGCGUCCGUCACCCUUUCAUCAUCACUACUUCUGUUGCAUUCGCGUGAAACCGCAGCCACGACCCAGGAGGAGAAUGUGGAUGCCGGUGUGGAGCGUGCGAGGAACAUUAAAAACACUCUCGGCCCGCGGGAUUUGUUGAAGUACGUCUCACUCGAACAUUUUGUGCAGGUGUGUUCCUUGGAAGAGGUGAAGCAUCACGUGGCUCCAGAAACAAUUCAUACGAAGUUGCCGCAGCUGUUGCUGUCUGGGGUCAAGGCCUCCCUGGAGUUCCUUCUGCAGGGCGGCGGCCAUCACUAG